UACUGUUGUAAAAUUCUUUAAUACAACUAAUAUUUGCCCUUACUUUUCCUAUUUGAAUGUAUAACCAUUUAUAUUAAAAAAUUUUACAACAAUUGCAAAGCUGUAUUUUCCGUUGAACGCAAUCAAUUUUUGAUGAUAUGAACAGCGGCUCUAAAUCUUUAUAUGUUUGAAAUUGUGAAAUUAACAUUUAAUUAUUAUAUGUUAAAGAAGUUUUUCUAUUUUAUUUUUAUUCAUAAGGAAUUAAAUAUGUGAUUAAUUAUUUAAAAACAAUGUAUAAUUUUAAGUUGAUCUUUAUGAUUCAGAGAAUCUGUCAUAUGUAUUAUAGGCCUGCUUUUUAUUGCAGAAGUAGUGCACAUUCUGCGUUAAAAAUAAUAUUUAGAUCUAUGUUUGAAAUUUGAUUAAAGCAAAAAGAAAAAGCUAGUGCAGUCCAAUGCAGCAAUAAAAAACAAAUCUUACAUAUACUUAAUUUUCUGAUAAAAUACAAACGUUUUUUUUUUUUCAACACAAAUUGAACAAGAAUGCCUACUACGGUCGCAGCUAGGUCUUCGUGCUUGUAUUGUCUAUGGCUGCGGUCCGAUUCACGCUUACAGCGCUAUCAGCGCGCUCACGGUUGGUCCGAUUCACUUCCUGAGCGUUUUCUGCGAGCGAAGUGACAUAAUGAAUUUGUGACGUCACGCGCUCACGGUGACCAUGGUUCCGAGGUGGGUCAACAUAAGCGUUUGCGUCAUUUGUGCGGGAAAUAGUGUUUGAAUCACAGUCGACUGCUAUUACAGCCUGCAUUGUCAAUAUUUAUUUUGUGUUCCGAUUCUUCACGCAACAUAGAACUCAGUGCCUCUUUCUAAAAAUUAUAUUGUUCCUUUAACUUUCUUUAAAAAUGAAUGUACAAAAAAUCAAUCGUGUGCCUUUUUCAGUUUUUGUAGAAGAUAUUGGGAAAAUAUUUACGUUUCAAUUAACAGAAGUAGAAGCUGCAAGAGCAACUACAGAUAGUGUUUGUAUAUUAGACUUAGUUAAUAAAGAGUAUGCAAGGCAGAAGAAAACACAAAUUAGCAAGACCAAUGAGAGACAUGACCUUUGUAAUACAUUUAUGGAAAAAGAUUUAUCUUCUGUCCCGUGCUCAUCUAUCUCAGAGACUGUAUACUUACUCCUGGAGAAAUAUGAGGAACGAAUGAACGAAUUCUCUUCGGGAACAAAACGUCAUUCUAAAAUCUGGGAAAAUAUUGCAAGCAAGAUGAAUAAAGUUGAUCCAAAUAUUGCAGUAUCAGGACCACAAUGUCAGUCGAAAAUGAAUAGCAUGAUAAAAAUAUAUAGAAAAAUCAUAGAUCACAAUAAUAUAUCUGGAAAUAAUCGAAAGUCAUGGCAAUAUUUUGAGAGAAUGAAUGAAUUAUUUGGAAAAUCAGGAUGGGCAAAUCCGAAAGCAACAGCAUCAGAUUCUGGACCUUCAUCUCUUGCAAAUUCAACAGAUGAAAAUAGCAAUAUCAAGAAACCUGCCAUUAAGAAAUUAAAAUCUGAUAAACUUUUAGAUGAAUUUGUGAAACAAAUGAAAGAAGAUAGACAGGAGAGAGAGAAGAAAAAAGAGGAAAGGCAAUUAAUUAUAUUGCAAGAACUAAAAGAACAAAAAGAAAAGCAGCAUAAAGAGAAAAUGAAUAUAAUGAAAACAUUCUGCGAAGCUAUUUCAGGCAAAAAAUUAUUUGACUAACUAUUUUUACAUGAAAGAUUUGAGUUCCUAUAUUGUGUGCAAUUUUUAACUUUAUUGUAUUCAAAUUUUUUAUUUUUAGUCACUUUCUUCAUUUAUUUUCAUUUUAUAUUUUACGUAUUUCUUGCUACUUACCAUUGUACUUAUUGUGAUUUUAUUAAUUAUUCUGCGUUUUAAAAUAGAUAUGACAAUUGUGAUGUUGGUUUAAGCAUAAUAUCUAUGAACUUUAUUUUUUUUUAUGUAUGUUGUUUAAACAUAAUAUCUAUGUAUUUUAAUUUUUUUUUAUUUUUUAUGUAUUUUUAUGUUUAAGUAUAAAAGUAUACUAGGAUAGGUGCACACAACAAUAAAAAAUGUAAAGAUUGAUUCAAAUUAAUUUGCAUACAUUUAUUCAUUUUUAUAAAGAUUUAGUUGAUGAGAAAAUAGUUUAUAAGAGUUAAUACAUUAAAAAGAUUUUAUAAAUUACGCAAAUACACGUUCAUUAUCUCUCAUUACCAAAUUGUUCAUUAUUCUUUGUCGUUUUCUGUUGCCUUCAUUUGUUCUACCCGAUAUUAAUAUUCCGUGCUGGAUGUGUUGAUUUUGAUUUGGCACAUCAAUAUUAUUUAUAUCAAAUAAAUCAUUAUUUAUGAUACAAAUGUUAUGUAAGACUGCAGUUGCCAAUAUGUAUUCUGGUAUUUUUUCUAACUGGUAAUCAUGGGUAAACAAUCUAAAAUACUUCUCCAUCGCGCUUUCCAAACACCAAAGACCCUUUCAAUUGCCAUUCGAGCUGAUGAGUGACAAAAGUUGAAAUUCUUUUGUCUAAGGCUCAAAUGACCAUUGUCUUUAAACGGGACCAUCAUAUUGGUAUGUAUACCAUAUGCAGCAUCACCAACAAGAUGACUAUCAUUACAGAAAUAUUUUUCUGGAUUCUCAAAGUACCGAGCCACUGGAGAGAUUCUAAAAAUUCGUGCGUCAUGCACAGAGCCAGCAUUCCCAGCAAACAUGUUUGUAAAUAAUAAAUUUUGAGUACACACAGCCUGAAAAUAAAACAAAAUUUACAUUUACAGAUUACAUAUUCUACAGACUAUUAUAUUUAUUAAUUUCUCAUGAAACAUUACCUGCACAUGAAUUGAUGCGUAUCCUUUUCUAUUAAUGUAUGCUUGAUGAUUAUCAUCCCGAGGAGAUCGUAUUUCCACAUGAGUGCCAUCUAUGGCUCCUAUUACACGUGGAAAUACACUCACACGCUCAAAUGCUAUCAUUACUUCAGUAGCUUUUCUUCCUUGAGGCCACUGAAUAAUUUGAGGAGCUAAGGUGUGCAAGGCGUAUGUAACUCGUCUCAUAGCGCGAAUUGCCGUCGCCUUUCCCAAAUCAAAUUUCAUACACACAGAU